UCCGAGUUUCGGCGUUCAGAUUGGAGAUGGAAGUGUGGUUCGUUGCAAUCGUAUAUGCAAGGAUGUCCCAGUUCAGUUACCGGGUUUGACUAUUACUCAAGAUUUUUACCCUUUUUCUUUGGUGGGCUCAGAUUUAGUAUUGGGUAUUAAGUGGCUUGCAUCUCUUAAUACCAUCCAAGCAAAUUGGAAUGAGAUGUUUUUGAUCUUUUGGGUGAAUGGAAAGAAGUAUAAAUUGCAGGGGGUGCCAAGAAAAGAAAGUCAGGGUGCCAGUCUUAAUAUUAUGGCCCCAGUUGAGCCAAACUUAAAUUCAGAUAAUUCUGAUCACAUAUACCUUGGCAGUCUGUUGAAUGAGUUUGAUGCUGUUUUUGAUGAACCCAGAACCUUGCCACCCUUCAGAGAACACUACCAUGCUAUUAAUCUCAUCCCUGGUUCUCAACCUCCGAAUCGAAGGCCGUAUAGAUACCCCUAUUUUCAGAAGAAUGAGAUUGAAAGGCAGGUAGAGGACCUACUUCAAAAGGGCUUCAUCCGUCCUAGUUACAGCCCCUUUGCUAGUCCGGUUUUGUUGGUGAAGAAGCAAGAUGAUUCGUGGCGCAUGUGUGUGGACUAUAGGGCCCUAAACAAAAUCACUGUCCCAGACAAAUACCCUAUACCCAACAUAGAUGAACUUCUGGAUGAAUUACAUGGUGCCACCUUCUUUUCCAAGAUUGAUUUACGCUCCGGUUACCACCAAAUCAGGGUUCGAACAAUAGACAUCCCCAAAACUGCUUUCCGAACUCAUAGUGGUCACUAUGAGUACGUUGUCAUGCCUUUCGGUCUCACCAACGCACCAGCUACUUUUCAGGCAGCAAUGAAUGAUCUUUUCCGCCCAUAUCUGAGGAAAUUUGUCCUGGUCUUUUUUGACGAUAUACUUGUGUAUAGCCAGACUGCAGACUUGCAUAAACAGCACCUCCGUACGAUUUUGCAGGCCCUCAAACAUCAUUCCUAUUUUGCCAACUUAAAGAAAUGUGCUUUUGGUCAGACUCGAAUAUCCUUUCUGGGGCAUCGAAUCUCUGCCCAGGGCGUGGAAACCCAUCAUGAGAAGAUUAGUGCAAUAAGGGAGUGGCCAAUCCCAACAACAGUGACUGAACUUCGUGGUUUUUUGGGCCUCGCAGGUUACUACCGUCGCUUUGUGAAGAACUAUGUGCAACACUGGCGCCAUUAUUUAUUGGGACGUCAUUUCACAGUUCGUACGGACCACAACAGUCUCAAGAAUCUUAUGGAUCAGCAAAUGCUAACAAACAGCCAGCAACGUCUCAUUCUCAAACUUCUCCCAUUCGACUUCAACAUUGUUUAUAAGGCGGGAAGGGAGAAUGUUGGAGCAGAUUCUUUAUCUCGAAGACCACAACAUGCCGACUUCCUUAAUAUGGUGGUUCCAUUGCCUAUGGAUUUCUUGGAUUUGGAAGAGGCAUUGUUACAGGAUCCGUUUACUGCCCCAAUUAUCACUGCCUUACUGCAGGAUGCUCAAUCCCAACCUGGGUACUCCUUGGUCCAGCAACGUUUAUACUACAAUGGAAGGCUAGUGAUA